AUGCACGCGAACGCCAAAAUGCAUCUCUCCAGCGAUGUCUCGAACGCGCUGAAGCACAUCGAAAUCAUCAAGCAGACGGUCGAGGAGAUGGAGCCGAACAAGCUCCAGCUCAACGUAAGCGACGACCUGAAGCUGGUGCUCGAUCUGCUUCAGGAUCCGGUGUUUCGCAACAUCGUCCAGAUCCAGGAUUCGCUGGCCGAGCUGAAUCAUCAGAUCACGCAGCAUCCCUCGAUACUGCCGGGUGAUUUCGACAUUGCCAACGGGGGCGAGCUGGUGCUGAGCGUCCCCCCCGGAACGGACCUGUUCGAUGCGGACUAUCAGGAUGAGCAGCGGGUUCCCUCGGCGCAGAUAUCUCCCGGAAGCCCCGUCCCGGGUAUGCUGGUUGUCACGCAGCCGAAACUGAACCUGCUCGAGCAUGCUCAGCUAGCUGCGGGAGGACAAAUUGCACCGUCAGUGGUUGCGGCGGGUCCACAACACCUCCAGCAAGUUCAACAGCCCUUGGACGCACAGCAGCUGUUGAACGCAUCGAUGAAGCUGAACAACGAACCAUCGCUGUUCGAGGUGCCCUCGAUUGUACAAGAUCAUCACCAUAAUGCUCACUCAGAACAAGUCGAGCAGCAUCCUUUGGGGGCGUUUGCCGAUUCCCCAAAGUCGAUCCCGGAAACGAUCGUUCCCGGAGGCGGGUCUGCAGAGUGGUCUCGCAUCCUCGACAUCGAACUGGUCAACGAUGGCACUGGAUUGGGCUUCGGUAUUAUAGGAGCACGUGCCACGGGCGUUACCGUGAAAACCAUUCUUGCGGGUGGUGUGGCGGAUCGUGACGGGCGACUGAAGAGCGGUGAUCAGAUCUUGCAGAUAGGCGACGUAAAUCUGCACGAGAUGGUGUCCGAGCAAGUGGCUUCCGUGCUGCGACAAUCCGGAACGCACGUGCAGCUCGUUGUCGCACGGCCUGUCGAUCCAUCUGCGACGGCUAGUGCUGGCGAGUACGAUCACUCGGCGAUCGUACCGACGGUGUUGCUGGCAAGCCCACUCAAGCUAAAACAGUACCUAGCCGAUUCGGGCUUCGGUGACAUCUACGGUGUGUACUCGAUAGCGAACCUCGAGAGUCCCGACAACCCGUUCGGAAAGGAGAGCCCGAUGCCAGAUUUCCCCGAGACGGAGGUGUUUACGGUGGAACUACGGAAGGAUCAGAACGGUUUGGGCAUCACGAUCGCGGGGUACGUUUGCGAGAAGGAAGAGCUUUCGGGCAUUUUUGUCAAAAGCGUGUCACCCGGUAGCGCGGCUGAUCUGAGUGGCAAGAUCCAAGUGAACGAUCGCAUCAUCGAGGUUGACGGACAAUCGCUACAUGGUUUCUCUAAUCACCAAGCAGUGGACGUGCUAAAACAGAGUGGUCAUGUCGUUAAGCUCUGUCUCGAACGAUACCUUCGAGGCCCGAAAUAUGAUCAGCUGCAGCAAGCGAUAGCAGCCAACGAGAUGAAACCUCCGACGCCAGCAACACCUCCGCCUCCACUUGGCCCAACGGAUCUGUCGAAGUACGGCAGCAACAUCCUCGACAUUUUACCGCCGCAAGCGCUUCAACGCACCCAGGGCUUAGAGCAGGAUGGGCAGGGUGACAUUGAGCAGGAAUUGAUUGCCGAUGAUGUCUUGGCUGCGGACGCGUCAGUUACGCACGUGCCGGGCCACAAGAAGCUAGCACGAGCAAAGGAUUCCAUCGACACCCAGGAAUACCGCGAGAAGAUCAAGGAAGCGACCAUCGUCCCGGAUGCUGCAUUGGAGGAAGGUCCCCUAAUGGAUGCUACCAACCCGGUGGCGAUUGCUCGGCACCACCAGAGCGCGGCCAAGCUGCGCAGUUCCCUGAAGGGUGCGGUAACGGCUGAGGAACUGACGGAUUUGGAUCUUGACAGCGCGUAUAUUGUGAAGAAGUGGACCAACAUACUCGGCACGGAGGUGCAGAUUAUUGUUGCUAGCAUUCGGAAGUUUGCAGCCUCGAGCGGAUUGGGCAUAUCGCUCGAGGGCACCGUGGAUGUCGAGGGAGGCAAGGAAGUUCGACCGCAUCACUACAUCCGCUCGAUUCUGCCCGAAGGACCAGUCGGCCAGAACGGACUGUUGCGUUCGGGUGACGAAUUGCUGGAGGUGAACGGACAGAGGCUGCUUGGCAUGAACCACCUCAAGGUGGUGUCGAUUCUGAAGGAGCUUCCACAGGACGUGUGUAUGGUGUGCGCACGUGGCGAUCCAGAUCUGUUGCGGUUCACCGAGGAGCAACUGAUCAGCUCGCUUGAAGCGGAUUCCGUCAAACGCACGAACCAACACCAUCAUCAGCAUCUGCACGGAAACCUCACGCCCUCGGAACGUCUCGUGAAGGCGAAGUCUGACGGUAGUCUGGCUACAACCAACGGCACCGGAAUGGGUGGGGUUGCCGGUGGAGUCGGUGUCGGCGAUGGAUUUUCGAAGAUCAAAUCCCGCAGCUUGGAACCGCUAACCGGGUUGGCCAUGUGGAGCUCUGAGCCACAGAUUAUCGAGCUGAUCAAGGGUGAGCGUGGCCUCGGCUUCUCCAUACUCGAUUAUCAGGAUCCGCUCGAUCCGAAUGACACGCUGAUCGUGAUCCGAUCGCUAGUGCCAGGCGGUGUAGCGCAGCUCGAUGGUCGGCUUAUUCCCGGUGACCGACUCCUGUUCGUAAACGACACAAUCCUGGAGAACGCGUCCCUCGAUCAGGCGGUGCAGGCUUUGAAGGGCGCCCCGAAAGGCGUGGUACGGAUCGGAGUCGCGAAGCCACUCCCGAUGCAGGAUUCGUCGCUCGUUGCGGCACCGUUCGAGGAAAAGGUCGCGUUGGCGGCGGGACAGGACGGUAACGGAACAGGCGGCAGUGGUAAGAUGUUAUCGUUGGCGAAACCGGAUAUAAUAAUGGAAUGA